CCCUGCUCUCAUCCUCUUCUCCCUCAUCGCUUUAGAGAGCCUCUAUGCAGCUGGCAGCACUGGUGAGCUGGGCAGAGCUGCUGGCCGUCUUCAUCUUAGGGGUGCUGCUGCUCCUUGUUGAAGUGCUCUUCCGAGCCAUGGUGGUCAUCGGGCUUCUGCUCUACGUGCUUGUCACUAACUGAAGGCAAAGUGGGGAGGACACCUCUUUUCCUCCCUUGUUCCCAGAGUUCUUCAAGAAGGAGAUAAGAAGAGAAUUGCAGCAACCUCAAGAACAGAUGGAGAGAAAUGUGAGCAGUAGUCAAAGGAAGAGGGGAGAUGAAGCUCCCGAUUCUCGCUGUGUUCGCCCUCUUUUACGUGGCCCACUGUGAGGAAGGCGCCAGGCUCCUGGCCUCCAAAUCUCUGUUAAACAGAUAUGCAGUGGAGGGCAAGGACUUGACUUUGCAGUACAACAUCUACAACGUUGGCUCCAGUGCUGCUUUAGAUGUGGAGCUGUCGGACGAUUCUUUCCCCCCAGAAGAUUUUGGCAUUGUCUCUGGGAUGCUCAACGUCAAGUGGGACAGGAUCGCUCCAGCGAGUAAUGUCUCCCACACUGUGGUUCUGCGGCCUCUCAAAGCUGGUUACUUCAACUUCACCUCCGCUACCAUCACAUACCUGGCACAGGAGGGUGGACAGGUUGUGGUUGGUUUCACUAGUGCUCCUGGGCAGGGAGGAAUCUUGGCUCAGCGUGAGUUUGACAGGAGGUUCUCCCCUCACUUUCUGGACUGGGCAGCUUUUGGUGUGAUGACUCUGCCCUCCAUCGGGAUCCCACUGCUCCUGUGGUACUCAAGCAAGAGAAAGUAUGACACCCCCAAGACCAAAAAGAACUGAGCGAAGUCAAAUGCCACCAGCACCCCAGAGCUCAGGAGAGAGCAAACAUUAACCCGCCCAGAACAGCCGGUGUGUUGGCAGCAGCGGCAGUCACCCCCGCGAAGCGCUGCCCGGGCUAUGCUUCAGCCUCGUCCGCGAGAGGGAAUCAAUCGCUUCAAUGGCAGUGAUGUGUUCUCUUCUACAUUUGAAAAAAGAAACAAGCAAACAAAAAAAACCCCAACCGAAAAUCCCACACCCCCUCGUCUGCAUAUUCGGAGCAGAGACCCCUCGCUCCGUUGCAGACGUAGUGCAGCUGUGAUACGAACGUGUUAAUGCCCGGAGGAGCUUGUCUGGGGGGUUGCAGCUCUGCAGUGUUUCUGACAGCUGUGCUGCCUUCCAGGCUGCGUUCAGCCAAACGGCCCUUUGCCUGCUGCCGUCUCCUCCAGCGUAUUAAAUCUCGGGGCCCCCUUCCUCCGAGUGCUGCCUGCCUUGCUGAAACGUCUGUGGGAAGGAGCUCUAGUGACAAAAACGGACUUCCUUUUGAUAGAGGCUUGUUAGAGCUGCUGCUUUGCUAGGUGGGGCACGGGAGGUCCCUGUCAAUGCUUGUUCUCUAGGAAGCCCCAUUGUAUUUUGGUGAGCAGUUAAUUGCUGUGUUUCUGUUCUUUCUGGUUGCUCUGCUAAGGGUUGAGGUGUGUUGAGGUACUGAGGCUUUUGUAAUAAAAUGAACGCCAUGACAGAA